UUCGCGCCAUUUUCAAUAAGGACGAAAGUUAAUAUGGCGCCAACUGGAGUAAUGGAUGGUGAUAAUCAAGACGAUUCACUUGCUUCUCGGCGAUCAAGGAGAUCUAAAAAGCAAAGUAGUGGAGCGAACGCUUUGGAGAAAAUUAGGAAAUUUCGUGAGACUGGUGAAAGAUCUUCAUUUGAGGUUGGAGAUGUUCAAGAUGUUUAUGAAAUUGUAAAUGAGGAUCAGUACUCUGAGAUCGUAAGAAAGCGUCAAGAGGAUGAUUGGGUGAUAGACGAUGGAACAACAGAGGGAUAUGCRGAUGAUGGAAGGGAAAUAUUUGAUGACGAGCUCGAUGAAGCCCCGCAGAAGAAUGCCAAGAAGCAACCUAAAAAGACAAGUGUCAAAAAGCCUACAGUUAAGCCAAAAACAAUCAAUAAAAUGUUUCUUGCUGCCAGUGCAAAAGCCAUGAAAAAAGAGUCAGAAAAUAAGCAGACCAUAGGAAAUGAUGAUUUUCUUGAUGAUCUGCUCAAGGAGGUUGAGAACCCAAGACCACAAACCAUCAAAAUACCUAAAGCAAGGGCAAAUCCAUUCAGGACUCCCCCUGGAGGCAUGAGUCAUAAAGCGCCACCAAGACGUCUUCAGUCAGCAAUGAAUUUCUCAAGACCGCAACCAGUAGAAGUCGCAAAGACAACCAGGCUUGUAGGUCAGAAACGUAAGGCUGUGAAACAAGAACCUGUUGAUUAUYAAGACAACAAUAAUGACAAUUAUGGAGGAUUGGUUGGUGUGAGAACUGAUGAUAUGGAUCACAGUAYUUUUCAAGAAGAUAUAAAUGAUGUACAAGACAUGUGCUAUGAUAUGGAUGACAAUGAUGACCUUGCAGAGGCAGCAUUGGAAGAACUUGAUGCUGCUCCUGAAGAAAAAAUCACACCCAAAGAGGUCAAAAAAGAAAAGAUGGAGGUUAAGGAUGAAGUAAAACCAUUGCCAUCAAAGAGGAUUGAGCUUGAUGGUGGGUCAUCAUGGGAAACCAUAUUAGGACAGGAAGACACCAAACCAGAGGUUAUGAUGGAUGUGAUGAUUGAUUCUUCAUCUCUUCCUUUAGAAGAAGUCAAUGGAGAAAAAGUGCUAAAACUGUACUGGUUUGAUUCAUAUGAGGACAGAUUUAGGCAACCAGGUGUUGUUUAUUUGUUUGGAAAAGUAAAAAUUGAAUCAGCAAACAAGUUUGUUAGUUGUUGUGUAGCUGUUAAGAACAUCGACAGACAUAUUUUUCUCCUGCCAAGAGAAAAGCGUCGUUCUGUGGAUGGUUCAGGAGAACCAGUACUUAUAAAAGAUGUUUAUGAGGAAUUCAAUGAAAAUAUUGCCAACAAGAAUAAAAUUAUGAAYUUUGUUUGCAAGACUGUCACAAAAGAUUACUGUUUUGAAGUCCAAGARGUUCCUGCAAGCUCUGAAUAUCUAAUGAUUAAGUAUUCUGCUGAUUAUCCUCAACUACCUGAAGACCUGCAAGGGGAUACUUUCAGCAAAGCAUUUGGAACUAAAACUUCAAGCUUAGAGCAACUUCUACUCAGCCGUAAAAUCAAAGGCCCUUGUUGGCUGAAUAUCAAAAUGCCCCAAUUAUCAAGCCAACCAGUCAGCUACUGUAAAGUAGAGGCAUUUAUAAACAAGCCAGAUUUCAUUGACGUUGCCCAAGAGCAGGMUGACCCUCCUCCAUUUGUUGUCAUGAGUCUGAGUGUAAGGACUCUUCUCAAUCCAAGAACACAUUCACAUGAGAUCAUUGCCAUCUCAGCACUGAUACAUCAAGAUGUUUAUGUUGAUAAAGCAGCUCCAAAGGAGAAAUAUCAGUAUCGAUUCUGUGCUGUCAGUAAACCAAAUGACAAAUUAUACCCAUUUGACUUCAAGGAUAUACUUAAGAAAAAGCAAAUCAAAAUUGAGGUGAUGACGUCUGAAAGAGCUUUAUUGGCAUUUUUUGUUGCUAAGAUUCAUAAAAUUGACCCUGAUGUUAUGGUGGGUCAUGARAUCUUUGGCUUUGACUUAGAUGUMCUCAUGCACAGGAUUAAUGCAUGCAAGAUUCCACAGUGGUCUAGACUUGGACGACUAAAGAGGGCCAUCAUGCCUAAGGCGUACACCCAUGGUAAAYGUGGUCAUCAUGGRGACCCAAACAUAACUUGUGGAAGAUUACUGUGUGAUGUCAAGAUCUCAUCUAGAGAACUCAUUCGCAGCAAGAGUUACGACUUGAAAGAACUUUCUCGUGUGGUUCUMCAAACUCCUCGGCAAGAGAUUGACCAGGACGACAUUGGCAAUAUGUACAAUACAUCACAAGAAUUGUUGUACCUACUAGAACUGACUACGAUCGAUUCAUUAUUGAGUCUGKGAAUUAUGUACGAACUAAACGUGUUACCUCUGGCUCACCAAAUCACAUGCAUUGCCGGCAAUGUCAUGUCUCGGACUCUACUCGGAGGUCGUUCGGAAAGAAACGAAUUUUUACUGCUUCAUGCAUUUAGCGAAAAGGGCUUUAUUUGUCCAGACAAAAACUACAGUAAGAAAAGCGUCGUCAAUGAAGACGACGAAUCUGCGACUACGAGCAAAAAAGGGAGACGGAAGCCUGCGUAUGCGGGGGGUCUGGUACUUGAACCAAAAAAAGGUUAUUAUGACAAGUUUAUCUUGUUACUGGACUUCAAUAGUUUGUAUCCGUCAAUCAUCCAAGAAUACAACAUUUGCUUCACUACAAUUGACAAGAGCGCUUCACACACUACCGGGGAUGACGAAGAAGAGAUCGUGGACCUACCCGACGCUUCURUAGAACCAGGAAUUCUCCCGACAGAAAUCAGAAAACUCGUAGAAAGACGAAAGCAGGUUAAAGGCUUGAUGAAGAGUGUUGGAAAYGACACAGACAAGUACAUCCAGUUUGAUAUACGGCAAAAGGCGUUAAAGUUAACAGCCAACAGUAUGUACGGAUGUCUGGGGUUUUCACAUUCAAGGUUUUACGCCAAGCCAUUAGCUGCACUCGUCACCAGUAAAGGCCGUGAGAUUCUUCUGAAGACCAAAGACCUGGUUCAACAAGUACGUUUNCAGAAUUGUUUCAAUGCAGAAAAGAGAGUUUUUCAUCUGUUUGACUGGCUUUGUUUUCAGGUUAAAGCAGAGGUUAAUAAGCUGUAUCGUCUUCUUGAGAUUGAUAUUGACGGUAUCUUCAAGUCUAUGCUACUGCUGAAGAAAAAGAAGUACGCGGCGAUUACUAUCUCAGAGAACAGUGACGGUACACUAAAUGAAGUUCCAGAGAUGAAAGGUCUUGAUAUUGUGAGAAGAGACUGGUGCGACCUCGCUAAGGACACUGGGAACUACGUUCUCGCACAGAUUCUGUCAUCUCAGCCACGUGAGAACAUACUGGACAAUAUUCACGAAUUUUUGAUCAAGAUCGGUGAAGACGUUAAAGCUGGCAGCAUAGACCUUGCUAAGUACAUCAUAAACAAGCAACUGACGAAAUCCCCCAAUGACUACCCUGACAAGAAAUCCCUUCCUCAUGUCCACGUUGCAUUAUGGAUGAUGAGUAAAUCAAGAAAAGUCGGUGUUGGUGACACUAUUCCUUACGUCAUCUGUGACGAUGGUUCAGUUCUUCCUGCAUCACAACGUGCUUACCAUCCCGAUGAGUUUCAAAAGUCAGACUCUCUGAAGAUUGACACCAAAUACUACCUAUCGAGCCAAGUUCAUCCCGUAGUAUCUCGUUUAUGUGAUCCUAUCGACGGCACAGACGCUUCAAGAAUCGCCGAGUGUCUUGGUCUCGACCCCUCCGGAUAUCGAAGCAGUUCGUCUCAUCGUGAUGARGAGGCUGACGCUCUUCUUGGCGGACAAGCACAGAUGACCGAUGAAGAGCGAUUUAAGGAUUGCGCUCGUCUCAUUGUUAAGUGUAAUAAUCCAAAGUGCGGUCAAGAGACGACGUUGGAAUCUCUUGUUAAUAAUCAGGAUCCUAUAGAAAUCAGCGCUCAAUGCUCCGGUUGCAAAAUUGUCUACAACGCUCCGACCAUUGUUAAUCAAGUGACCAUCACCAUACGAAGACACUUGAAGGAGUACUACGCAGGAUGGCAAAAAUGCGAGGAUCCUUCGUGUGAUCAUCGUACACGUCAAGUACCCCUGAUACGUCACAGAGGACUCCCCUUGUGUCCUCAUUGUCGCCGUGCGCACAUCAUCCCUACGUAUUCCGAUACCUCGUUGUACAACCAAAUCCUGUACUAUAGCCGUCUAUUUGAUGUAGAUUACGCCWUGAAYAAUUUGAGCAAAGACACAAAGCCUGGCACAAGUGGCCUCCUCAGACGACCAGACGUGAAAGAGUUCUACCGGAUWCUUCACAACAACAUUCAAAAACUCAUCUUAUCCAACUCGUACUCUGAAGUAAACCUCGCCAAACUUUUCAGUACUUUCAUAAUUUAAGUGUCAUAACCGACAAUUCGCGAGAAAGUUCCCUUAUGCAAUGCUCUUUUAAAUGCUUGUAGAUUAAAAGUCGGUUUGGCUUAUCWGGUUGUGGUUGGCCCGGACCACACGAUAUCGCAAAUUUUUGUCGUUGCGGAUAAAAWAAUGUACUGACUUGUCUCCUUCACAGCCUCGUUUUCUUGGAGUUCCUUUUUGGGAGAGACAGACAUAAAAAGCGUCCUUUGAAAAUUUCCGGAUUCGGUCGGACAAGUGUGGACGCCACCCUUAAUCGUAACAACGUGUAGACACGAACAUUUUUGUAUCCGUAACAAGAGAACUUGCGGAUAAAUCAUUCCGUCAUCACGUGAGAAGGACCAAGAUUGUCCGAGAUCUCGCGAAUUGUACACACCAAAAAGUGUGCUGAUAACUUAAUUGUUCCAUGUAAAUGUCAAAUUAUUUUUAUUGAAUAAAUCCGACCUUUCAUUGGUUA